AUGAGCAAUAAAUUUUUUAUCUUCAAACCUCCACUUACCCCUGAAACAUUUAAUAAUGGUAAUGGAAGUUUUGCUAAAACAAGUUACGCUAUGCAUUUCAAAAAACCAUUUUAUAAGCGUAAUUUAAGUUCUAAAAAAGUUCAGCAAGAAUCUCAAGUAGAUGUAGUACCGAGUAAUCAAGAUUUGCAGAAUAGCGAUAGUGGUUUUAACAAGACUGGCGGCUUUUUUACAACGAUCAAGUCAAUUGAAGAAUCGAAUAAAAAUGUAGAAAAUCAAGAUAGUCGUAUAUUUUAUAAUAAAUAUUCGUAUAUUACAGCUGUUUAUAAAACAAAGAAAGACAUUGCAUAUCAAAUUCCUGAUGAAUACGAAAUUGAAACGAAUUUAUUACAAUUAUCUAUAAGAUGUAAAACUAAGUAUCAACAAACUGAUCCUUAUAGCAAUAGUAUAGUAUCAAGUAGUAGUAUGAUCUCAGCAAAUAAUGCUGGAACUAAAUUUUUAAUGGAUAUUUGUAGCAAACAAAAUUCACAUAUUUCUGGAGUAUUUCUAUUUGGCUUUGAUAUUGAUUGUUUGCACAAGGCAAGAAUAAAAACUCCUGAAAAUCGUAAAUGUUCUUAUACAGAAUUAAAGUCAGAUUCACAAAAGAACAAACGAAUUGCACUCGUAGCUAAAGAUUUAAACAUUCAAGUUGUAGAUCUUUUUCGAAAGUAUCAAUUUGUUGACUCAUCAGGUAGAAAUAUUAUAGAGCUUGAAUCAAUAAAACUUAAUAUUGUGAAUAAAGCUCUAUCUCUUAAUUAUCCAUCUAAGAAUAGAAAUAAGCAAGAACAUUAUACUUCUAUUGUUCGGAUAUGUGAUGAGGCAUCAAUUUCUCGUGAUAGAUAUCGAAAAUUAGCAGCUAUAAACUUGAAUAUAGUUCGAGAAUAUUUGGUUAAACAACGACGUAAAGAAAUCAAUAAUCAAAUUGAACAAUACCUGCCAAUCUCAUUAUUUAAAAUUGAUCAGUCUUUAGAUAAUAAAACUGGAGAUGCUGUUUAUCGAUCAAUCAAAUCUUUAUUAACAGUUUUAGUUCCAGUUUUAACUACUUCAAAUCCAACUGUUUUUUACUUUGGUGAUAUAAUUAAUAUAAAAAUUGGUGGCGAUAGUAGAAAUAUUGGCCGAAAACAAAGUCAUAUCAUUCUAGCUAUUAGUAUACUAAACGAAGGUGAAAUGGUAUUAAAUCCAAAGCAUGUAUAUAGUUAUAAUUCAUUAAAUUAUAUUUAUCAAAAAUUUGCUCAAAAGCUUCAAGAAUUGAAAGAUAAUGGAUUUCCUGUAGAGUUUUUUCUUACAGGAGAUUGGAAAUAUUUAGCACUUGCAUUAGGAUUUAAUGCAGCCAACUCAAUCUAUUUUUGUCUAUUUUGCAAUUGUCAUGAAAGCCAACGUGCAGAUAUGGAAUUGAAUUGGAAUAAUGGAUUAAAUACAUGUGGGUGUAAGCAUCCAAUGCUUUUUGAUAUUAUUAAUGAAGGCAAUUGUAUACCUGAUGAAUUACAUACCAUCUCUUGGACAUGGACUUCUUUAAUGGGUCCUGAUAAACUUAAAGUACUACAAAGCUUUCAAAUAGCUAAAUUUUUUAAUCAAGAUAGAGGAAAAAAUGUAGAAUAUCUUUGGCGUGAAUUCUAUAGACUUUAUAAAAUAAUGUGUCAACAACAUUUAACUAAUAUUGAAAUUGAUUUAUUUAAAAAUAAAGCAAGACAAUGGGUUAAAGAUUUUAGCCGACCGACAAUUGGAAAAUUAAAUUCACCAAAUCAACAGCGAGAAAUGUAUCCAAAAAAAAAUAUAACACCAUAUAUACAUAUGUUAACUCAACAUAUACCUAAGUUUAUACGUAGUUUAAAGAAUAAAGGAUUAUUAUUACGUUUAUUUUCAACUUCUAGCCUUGAGAAAAAAAAUCAUGAACAUAUUCGACUUUUUUUUUCUGGAACAACAAUGGGUAGUGGCAAAAAUCAUAUGCCUGCAAUAUAUAAUAUUAUGGUAUAUGAAAAUCGACAAAUAUAUUAUCGAAUUUAUAAUACUCCAACAACUUAUUCACACAAAGUUAUUCAAAUUAAAGAUAAAUAA